AUGGAAUCCAUCGCCGCACCCCCCGACACAACAACUUUCAUCCCCCUCGCCGAACACCAAUCCCGCACCCCAAGCUCCUUCCACUCCGGUCCGCCAAUCCUCUACUCCCACCACCACAACUGCAAACUCGUGCUCCUGGAGCGCGAAGCCCUCGCAGUCCCAGCACUAGGUGCUCUGCGCGAAGCCUCCACCGCAAAUGGCACCACUGAAGAAGAGGGAGACAAGGAGAUCGUUAUUUCCGGUGUGAACGUGUGGGUUACGUCUGAAAAAUUCCUCCUCCACAACCCCACAACCAACACCGGCCUCUCAAUCCCCUACCCCUCCAUCUCCCUCCACGCCAUCCAGCGCCUCCAGCUCCCCAGCUCCGAAGACCAAGUGCAAGGCCUGUACAUGCAAAUCGCCAACCCGACUACCUCCUCCUACUCCUCCGCCGACGACGAAGAAGACGCCCUCACAGUAACAGUCGUCCCGGAGACUCCCACCCAAGAAUCUUCUUCCCCCGCCGAGGAAGGGGACGAAAAGCCCGAAACGCCCACCCAGACCCUCUACGCUGCUGUGUCUGCGUGCUCGAAUCUGCACCCGGAUCCGGUUGAGCCCGGUGAUGAGGACGAGGAUGAUUAUGAAGGAGAGGAAGGUGCGUUUCAAUCUGGGUUAGUGUCGAUGGGCAGUGCGGAGGGCGGGUUGCCGCCGCCGGUCGAAGGGAGUUCGGGAUGGAUUACGGCGGAGAAUAUGCAUGAAUUUUUUGAUGAGGAGGGAAAUUGGAUUGCUGGUGGUGAGGAGCCGACGUUGCCUUUGGGGCCGGGGGCUGGGACAGUGAGGCAGAGGGAGGAGGAUGAGGGGGCGGUUGAUGGGCAGGAGGGUGUUAAUGGGGAUGGAAAUGGAGGGGAGGAGACGAAGUGGAGGAGGACAGACUAG